UUUAAAGCAAGGUUCAGCAGUGGAUUUACUGCUCUGCGUUACCACCUCCUUUUCUUCUAAGAUAACUGUGCCCAGAAAACCAAAAAUGGCAUCUUCCAUGAGGAGCCUGUUUACUGACCACAGCAGAUACGUUGAGUCUUUCCGGAGGUUUCUCAGCAAUUCCACGGAGCACCAGUGUAUGCAGGAAUUCAUGGACAAGAAGCUGCCGGGCAUAAUAGCAAGGAUUGGAGACACAAAAUCUGAAAUUAAGAUUCUAAGCAUUGGCGGUGGUGCAGGUGAAAUUGAUCUUGAAAUUCUCUCCAAAGUGCAAGCUCAGUACCCAGGAGUUCAUAUCAUCAAUGAAGUUGUUGAACCAAGUGCUGAACAAAUCACCAAGUACAAAGAGCUUGUAGCCAAGACAUCAAACCUUGAGAACAUAAAGUUUGCUUGGCAUAAGGAGACAUCAUCUGAAUAUCAAAAUAGAAUGAUGGAGCAAAAAGAACUUCAGAGGUGGGACUUUAUUCAUAUGAUUCAGAUGCUGUAUUAUGUUAAAGACAUCCCAGCUACCCUGAAAUUCUUCCAUAGUCUCUUAGCUACCAAUGCUAAGAUGCUCAUUAUUCUUGUGUCAGGAGCCAGCAGCUGGCAAAAGCUAUGGAAAAAGUAUGGAUCUCGCUUACCCCGAAAUGACCUCUGCCAGUAUGUCACAUCGUCUGACCUCACUCAGAUGCUCGAUAAGUUGGGGAUUAAGUACGCGUACUAUGACCUUCUGUCCACCAUGGACAUAUCUGACUGUUUUAUUGAUGGCAAUGAAAAUGGAGACCUACUUUGGGAUUUUUUGACAGAAACCUGCAACUUUAAUACAACAGCACCACCUGAUCUCAAAGCAGAAAUUAUGAAAGAUCUGCAAAAGCCUGAAUUCAGUAUAAAGAAAGACGGAAAGGUUCUUUUCAAUAACAGUCUGAGUUUCAUAGUGGUUGAGGCAUAAAUACACAUCAUGAGAAUAUUAAAAAACUACAAUUUGAACAAUGUUGAUCAUUUGUGUAUUAAAAUUAUAAAUAUAUCUCAUAACAUAAACAGAAGCAUCUUCUCUUAUAUGUAAAACCUAGAAAGUUUUAAGACAUUCUCGGACUUCCAUAUAGAAUCAUAUAUGACACUGCUGGUCUUCUCUCUCCUAUAGGUAAAGAGAUGACAUGUGGGCUAUAUACCACAUAAUCUGAAAAAUGAGACAGCUAAGUUUCAGGGGGCUUACUGACAAUAAAAUCGACUCCAUUUGUUAACUGUGAUGGAAUUUUCUAGACUACUAACAAAAUAUGUGCUAUGGAUUUUUAAAAUACUAGUAAUAUAAGUAAUACUACUACUACUGAUACAUUAGCCAUUAAGAAAGCAUACGUUUAUUGACUUUCCCUUUUUGUAGAGAAGUAUUUGUCUGUAUGCAUUUCUUUGCUAUAGUUUCUAUCCUUACCUUUAGUGAUUACUAAAAGUAAGCACCUAGGAUGUUACAAAACUAAAUGUCAUGUAUUGUCAUUUCCUUCGAUUUUGGCUUCUCUUUUAACUUUGUUUAUGGUGUUGUAAUGUUUUGUUUUUAGAUAUACUGAAGUUUUCUUUAUUCAUUCAGAUUUAGUUUUUUUUUAAUUUCUGGAUUUCUGAAGCAUUUUAAAAGGCCUUCUAAAACCAAGGUUUUAAAAUAUUAAUGUAUUUUAUCAAAAUGAUUGUAUGAUUUCACUGUAUAAAAGUCUCUGAUCUGUUUGAAGUUUAUAUAAAGAGUGAGUUGAGAACAAACUGAUUUUUCACAAGAAGAAAACCAUCUGUGUCAACACAGUUGACAAAAAAUGAUCCCACUUACUUAAAAUAAAUCUUUUAUCAUUUACUAAA